AUGGCCACAGAUCUCGUCUACCCAGUCUGUCAAUCUUUGACUGAAAAAUCUUUUGCUUCUGAUAUCGAAAAGCUGUCCUUGAAAUUUCCGACCACCACGCCGUCUAGCUCCUUCACAGUGAACACAGAAACUGCCACCAAUGGGACCAAGAAAUCAAAAAUUCACACGCUCAUUCUCGAUCUCGGCGAUGUGCUCUUCCAUUGGACCGGCAAAGAUCUCCAGGCCCUCUCCCCUCAAGAUUUUCGCGCGGUAAUUCUUUCUUCUACAUGGACCGAGCUCGAAUGCGGUAAAGUUAGCGAGGACAAAGCCAUUGAGAGCAUUGGUAAAGAGCUUUCCCUAGACCCAAAUGCGAUUAAGCAGGCACUUGCGCAAUGUCGGGGUACAGUACGCGUGGACCAAGAGCUCCUCGACCAGCUUGUAGAGCUCAAGAAGGAGAUGAAUGGACACCUCAAAGUCUACUCAAUGACCAACAGCAGCAAAGACGACUUUGCACUUCUCAAGGCCACACUUUCCGACUGGAGUCUGUUUGAUGGAGAGUUCACAUCGUAUGAAGCGGGUCUAUCGAAACCAGAACUGGGGUACUACAAGCACGUUAUCGACAGGAUCGGCCUGAGGGAUCCCUCAUCAGCUAUCUUCGUCGAUGACAAGGAAGUCAACGUCAACGCGGCAAGCUCUUUCGGCCUCCAAGGCAUGGUGUUCAGAUCGCCGGCAUCUCUCAUACGCCAACUACGAAAUCGGCUCUCUGAUCCCGUAACACGAGCACGACAGUACAUGAUGCAGAAUGCACACAACCACAUCUCAUGUAUCGAAAAUGGCCCAGAGUUCCGCGAUGCAUUUUCGCAGUUUCUCAUUCAUUGGGAGCUGAAGGAAGCACAGUAUCUCAGUUUGUCUCCUCCUGGCGCUUCCAAAGCCGAAAUCAAAGCCGUUAUCGAACAGGCUUCCGCCGAGGCCAAAACAUGGAACUAUUUCAUCGGUGACCCCGUGGGUACAACAAAAACCUUCCCCGACGACAUCGACGAUACAGCAACCGCACUGCUUGCAUUCUCGCCACCAGCCGCAUCUGCCAACAAAGUUCUAGACAAGAUAGCAGCGAGCCGACAUCCCAGAGACAAUCUCGCGUUGAAUUACUUCUGCGACGGCCGGCAUCGCGUGUGCCCAUAUGUCAUUACAAACGUCGUCCGUGCCUUCUACCACUACAACCGUGGCGCAGACGUCAAGCCGGAGUUUGAGCACGUCCGCCGCAUUCUGCUGAACCGCGGCUAUGUCGAUGGGGCAGAAGCAUAUACCUCUGCCGACGUCUUUCUCUACUUCCUAUCCUGCCUUGUCGAUGCAAAUCCCACCGCGCCGGAGAUCCAGUCCCUCCGCAAGCCAAUGGCUGCUGCGCUUCGCGAGCGCGUGGGGCGUCGUGAAGAUUCUGUUUCAACUACCGCACGGGUGUUGGCAUGCCAGAAACUAGGUGUGUGGGCCCAGUCGGAUGUACAGUACCUCAAGGAGUUACAAGAGAGCGACGGUGGUUGGGAAAUUGGAUGGGUGUGCAGAUAUGGUAGGAGUAGGAAGAGGAUUGGAAGUCGGGGUGUGCCUACGGCGUGGGCUAUCAAGGCGCUUGAAUUUGAAGCACAGCAUCAGAAGUAA